AUGAGGGGAGUGCUUGCCGCCCUGGGCUUCAAGUGGCAAGGGGAGGAAGGAGUCCUGGAAUCCAGUGUUGCUCGGGCUGUAGGGGGGGACCGGGCCACCUGUGCAGGGCACUGCCGCAGCCUGGAGGGAUCUGGAGACUCUGAUGAUUUCAGUCUGAAGGAUGCAGUGAAAGCAACUUCCUCAGUAAAGCAGCGAUGGGACCAUGUCACCACCACAACCAAAAGACCGGGAGUGACCAGAGCUCCAGCGAAGCCUGCAGCAGAUGAUUUUAACUUGGCUGAUGCCUUGGAUGAUCGAAAUGACCAAGAUGGUGGCCACAGGAAACCGAGUGCGGGAGGAGGAGGUUUUUCAGACAAGGACCUUGAAGACAUAUUAGGGGGUGGUGAAUACAAACCUGACAAGGGUAAAGGUGAUGGCCGGCAUGACAGCGAUGACAGCUCUGAUUCCGGAAUGUCGGCUGAGACAGGCACCAUUGCUGGCGUUGCCAGCGCUCUGGCCAUGGCCCUGAUCGGCGCCGUCUCCAGCUACAUCUCGUACCAGCAGAAGAAGUUCUGUUUCAGCAUUCAGCAUGCAGCAGAAGGUCAAGAGGGUCUGAACGCGGACUAUGUGAAGGGGGAGCACCUGGAAGCUGUCGUGUGUGAGGAGCCCCAAGUGACAUACUCGGCGCUGCAGACGCAGUCCGCGGAGCCGCCACCGCCCGAGCCGCCCCGGAUCUGAGGGCGCGUGCCGCGCCCUGCUUCUGGCUUCAUUUGGACCCCCAGCUGCCACACUGCUCCUUUGAUGUCAUUGGCUUCUUGUCGUUCUCAGUUUUCCGGAUGAGCUCUGGUGUUUGUGAGUUUGGUUCCUGUGCCCCUGCCAGCUUCAGGAGCCGCAGAGUCGCUGACUCCCCAAAGCCAUCCCGUCCCCAGGUCUCGGUGAGCUGGGGAGGGUGGGGGCCCAGAGGACGCUUCUGCUGCGGGACAGGAGUUUGAGCCCAGGGCGGUGUGAGCCCCUCUACACCGCACUGACUCAUUGGGCGGGUUUCUGCCCAGAGGCAGUCCUGGACGAGAGCAAAGAGCUGUCGGCAGGGGCCCAGCUGGCGCCUGAGUCACCUGGAGCCCCUGCGAGGAACCAGCCACUGCACAGCAGGUACCACCACGCACACAUCACACCUGGACGUGUCUUUAUUUCCAUCCUUCUCUCCAGCUCCAGCCCUUAUACACCUGGGCUUCUACAGAGCUGGCCCGUGCGGUGGCUUGUCAUUUAUUUAAGUACAAACAUGCAUGUCACGGUAGCCUGCCCCGAGAGUUCAGGAAUCUUCUGGACAUGUAGAGAGCUGUGGCUCUCAGGCCUAAUUCCCAUCUGAUUCCAGGGGACUAGGCGUGGUCUCCAGGCUGACAUGAUGAGUUUCGAGGACUCAUUCGUGACGUGGAGAUGACUCUUAUACUGGGGAGGGGCGUACCCCCCCCAUGCGUGUUCUUGUUUUGAUAGCAAAAGGGCCCGAUAUCACUAUGGGCGAGCAUCAAAGCCUGAAGCAUGCCCGUUGUUUACUUAGAGAUGAAUGCGGGGCUGGGGAGGGGGGAGGGAAGGGAAAAGGGACGUUCGCUUGGUUUGGGAAAUACACCUGACUUAGGAAGUCGCUAGUGACCUGUCCUCCUCUGAUGAAGAGCGCGUGGGAGCCUGUGGGCACUGGAACUGGCCUGGAGCUGCCUGGUUUGGGCUGGAGCUGAGCUGCCUUCUGGAAACACUUGUCCAGCCCACAUGUGGUCCUGCUCCUGGGGGCUCUGCUGUCAGGGUCUGAGCUGGAGUCUGGAGCCCCCAUCUACUGAUAACCAGUCAGCAAGAAGGUGGGGUCCUGUUUACACCGCUUCACGUGCGGCGCAGACAGCCCUACACGUUCCAUGGAGCUGGGAUGAGGCACUUCCGACUUCCUAGGGAAACGGCUGAAGUCUGAACAGACCCCGCAGGGUGCGUAGUGCCUGCCUCGUGUGUCCAUGUUAUGUAGAGCGUGUCUGUGGGCCCUGCCAGACAGGCUGGGUAGCAUGUGGCCAGGGGUGCGGAGCACCAAGGAGACACCUCUGCACGGUGCCCUGAAGGAAGGAAAUCGUGCCCCACCGCACCCCGUGCCCUAGGAAAGGACCAGCGGGGACAUUGUGAGGUUUGCCUGUUUCCGGUAUGCCCCCGCCCUCGUAGGCCACAUUGCUGUCAACUUUGCCAGGCUGGUCUCUCUCAAGGAUGGCGAGGGCCAAUACCCCCACCCUUGCAGCCUGCUGUCACCUAAGGGGGAGCUCAAGGCCCAGGGAGGGCCCGUGUCCUGAGUAACGGAGUUGGGCAGGAAGCCGGGCAGCGCGCAGGAGGUCGGCACGUCAGAAGUGCUGCUCAGAGCCGUCCCGAGGCAUGUGAAAGGAAGCGAGGCAGCACUUAGGUGAGCAGUGAAAUGCUUCUCUCCCUGCCACCGCGAGGCUGGUCUGAUGGCGAAGCCCCUGAAAUCCUAGCUGUCAAUCCAUGUUCUCAGCGGCGCUGACUCUGGUUGAGAGACCCAUUUUGCUCUUCCCUAUCUCUGUGCCUAGUGAAGGGACAGGCCUCGGAGAUCACUCAGCCACCCGUUUGCAGAGCUCUGGGCCUAGGGGUGGGGCGCUGACACGGGCAGAUGCCAUGGGGCUCUCGUAACUGUGUCAACCUGAACGCUGCACUGGCCGGCUUGGGCCUUCCCAGGUGGUUCGCAGAAACAGGGAGCUAGAAAGGCCGAACGCAGUGUCCGUCGCCACCAGCCUAACUGGCUGGGGGUGGGGGGUGGGGCUCAGUGUUCACAAUAACUGAGCUGGUGGAGGAAGGAGGCAGGGCAGCUUAGCGGGUGGGAUGCCCUCCCACCGUGGCACCCAGAGUGGGGCCAGGCCCACUGCCUUGGCCACUGGGUUUGGGGGUACCAGGUAGUUCUGUGAGUUAGGGGAGAUGGGAGGCUGAUCUCAGAAUCCCCUGUACUUUUUAUGUGCUUGUGUUUAAGUAUGAAUUGUAAGCUGUCUCACGUUUGCAUUAAACAAAAUGGAACCUACCAGAUCCCUGUA